AUCGAGGAGGGACGUAUAUAUAUUUCGUUAAAUAGAUUGAGAGUUGUCUCAUUUAUUUAGUAAAGAAGUUACUCUCUUCAUAAGAGAUGUUACUCUCUUCAUGAAAUUUUAUAAAAAAAUUACUAUUCGAUAAAAUUUUUCUACAGUUUGGAAUUUAUACAUUCUUAAGAAAAAUAUACGGCCAAAGGUAUAUAAGCUCUUUCGUGAAUCAGACAAAGAUUUAGUUUUCUUUUACUUGAUCUUGGAAAAAAAUUCAAAAAUGAGUGAUAAAGGCAAUCUAGUGGAGCUAAAUGAAAUAAGUGCAAAACUUACUAAAGAGAUAUUAGAAAGCAUACUUGCAGCAGAAUGUAAUGAAACUAAUGUAAAAUUAACGGAUUGGGAUUUUGGUGACGCAAAUGUCAAAGGUGAUAGCUAUUUAACGGUUGUUAACAAAGUUAAAUUGCAUGGUCUUGCUAAAGGUAAACCAGUACAAGUUGAUAUUGUGAUAAAGUCACUGCCUCAAAAUUUAGGUAGAAGAAAAACUUAUAGAAGUAUAAUUUUUUUUCGAAACGAGGUGGCAUUUUAUACGAAGAUAGUACCAAAGUUUGAACAAUUCCUCAAGAGCAAAAAUCAAGCUCAUAUUCUACGUGUACCACGUGUCUUAAAAUCACUUGUAGAUGGUGAAAAUGAUUAUUUAAUUUUGGAAAAUGUUUGUAACUUAGGAUAUGGUCCUAUAACUCGUCAAAACUGUCUAAAUAUGGAACAAUGUACUGUUAUUUUGGAAACUUUUGCUAGUUUCCAUGCAAUUUCUUUUGCAUACAAAGAUCAAAAUAAAGAAGAAUUUAAAGAAAUUGUAUCACAUUUAGAGGAAACAUAUUUUAGUCCUAAAUACUGGGAUUGGUAUAUAAAGUUUCAUGAACGAUUAGUGGGAAUAGCUACUGAUGCAUUAGCUACUGAAUAUCCUGACAGUGAAGCACUAAAGCGUUUUACUUCUUAUAAAAUUGGAUCACUUAUUGAAAUGUGUUAUAAAUUAUGUGAUUGUAGUGAUGCCCCAACAUCUGUUGUAAAUCAAGGAGAUUCUUGGGCACCAAAUGUUUUAGUGCGUGAUGUCAAAGGAAAUAAAAAAGAAGCACUCUUGCUUGAUUUUCAAUUGGCACGUUGCGUUAGUCCAAUUACAGAUUUAUCAUUCUUUAUUUAUUCUUGUACAGACAAAGCUCUCAGAGAACGAUUUAACGAAAUGUUGAAAAUUUAUUACAAUAAAUUAAGUAAUACAAUUACUUCACUUGGCUCAGAUCCAGAAAAAUUGUAUUCAUGGGAGACAUUUAUGAAAGAAGUGAAAGAACAAUUUUUCUAUGGAAUCGUUUUUGCAAUCGAAGCUUUACCAUUUACUAUGUUAGAUAACUCACAAGCAUUUGACUUAGACACAUUAAUAAAAGGAGAUGAAAAAGUGAAUAUAAAUAACGUCUGGACAUUAGGAAAGUUAGAAUCACAAUGGAAAAGAUUACGUUUAGCGGAUGUAAUUGUUCAUGCCGUAGAAAAUGGGUUUUUAUGAAAUUUAGAUAUAUAUAAAUUUUAUAGAUAAUUUUUAUUAAAUGUUUAGCAUUAAAUAAAAUAGAGACAAUCUGUAUUUGUUUAAUUUUAAUUAUAACAACAUAGUUUACUUUGUGUAGUAGUAGAUUAGGCAACCCGAUAUUUUUUAUUAAUACACGAACAGUGGGUGCCACAAAUUUGAUAAUAUAUAUAUAUAUAUAUUAUAUAUAUAUAUAUAUUUGCAUUGGAAAGACAAAAACAUUUUGUCGACAAUGAUACAUUUAAUGCAAUAUAGCAAAAUAAUUGAAAAGCCAAUACGCACAAAUAUAUUCUGUUCUUUAUAGCAAUAUGUCAAUGGUGUUAAAUAAAGAGACAAUUAUGAAGUA